AUGAUAAAUAAAAAUAGUUCAGUUGAAGAGCAAGUUGCAAUAUUUCUAUAUACAUUAGCACAUAAUGCAAGAAAUCGCGUAGUUAAUUUCUUCUUUCGCUGGAGCGGAGAGACAAUCAGUCAUCAUUUUCAUGGAGUCCUCAAGGCCAUAUUGUCAUUAGAAGCAGAAUUUUUGGUUCAACCGAAUGGAUCAAUAGCCCUCCAGAGAUAUUGGAUAGUGAAGGCCGGUUUUAUCCAUACUUUAAGGAUUGUGUUGGUGCUAUUGAUGGAACCCACGUUCGUGCUAAAGUUUCACAAGAAGAAGCACCAAGAUAUAGGGGUAGGAAAGGAAUCCCCACAAUGA